AUUCCCAUUUCGUCUCUCUUCUUCCCCAUCUUCCUUCUCUCUCUCUCUCUCUCUCUCUCUCUCUCUGUUUGAGUUUUUGUCUGAAAGUCAGACAGAGCAGAAAGAUUAUUCAUGGCUUCUUCUUCCUCCUUCAAGCCCUCCCCCACGUUGACCAACGAGCGCGUGGGAUCUGUCCACGUCAUCAUGGGUCCCAUGUUCGCCGGCAAGACCACCUCACUCCUCCGCCGCGUCAAGUCCGAAAGCAACAGCGGCAGGAAUGUGGUGAUGAUAAAAUCUAGUAAGGAUAAUAGGUACGCCGUUGAUUCAGUUGUGACGCACGACGGUGCGAAAUUCCCGUGUUGGGUGCUUCCGGAUCUGUCGUCUUUUAAGCAAAAAUUUGGGGAAGAAGCUUAUAACAAAUUGGAUGUGAUUGGUGUUGAUGAAGCACAGUUCUUCGACGAUCUCUAUGAUUUCUGCUGCAAAGCUGCAGACCACGAUGGCAAAACGGUAAUUCUGGCUGGUCUUGAUGGCGAUUACCUGAGGAGGAGCUUUGGAUCUGUGCUGGAAGUAAUUCCUCUUGCUGAUACCGUCACCAAGUUGACGGCUCGCUGCGAACUCUGCGGGAAAAGGGCCUUCUUUACUCUGAGGAAGACGGACGACAAGCAGACCGAGCUCAUUGGUGGGGCUGAUCUUUAUAUGCCGGUUUGUCGCCAGCACUAUGUCAGUGGACAAGUUGCUAUCGAAACUGCAAGGCAUGUGCUCGAGUCCCAUAAGAUUAAGAUUGGGGCGGCUUCAGUUGUUUAGUAACAAUGUGGCUUUAAUCACAAAUAUAUAAGGGUAUUUUGGGUGGGCUGACUAUAUGGCUAAAAAUUAAAAAUCAGUUGAUUCUACUUGUAUUGUAUGCCAGCUGGAGUCUUUGGACUUUCAGUGGUUUUCUACCCUUUCUGUUUUGAUGUAAUUCUCCUUGUGUAUAUAAUGAAGUUCGUUCUGAUUUCUGA